AACUCAUAGUGGGAGGUCAGUGGCAACAUUGUUUUUCACGUUCAACUUGUUGUCCAUCAGUGUGAAUCUGUGCGCUAGGUCGCUAUGCUUGCUGUGGAACUGAGAAACUCUUACUAACAGACUGCACAAGGAGUAUAUUUCAUAAUUUGCACACUUGAAGAAGCUACAACCUUUAGCCAGAGCUGAGGAUGAUGGCAGAAGGGAGGUUUUCUAGUCUGCCCAGGAACAUGCACAUCGGGCGCCAGUGUCCUCUCGCAUCUUCUAUGGAUCUGCUGAGCUCACGGCCUGCCAUGGCCGAGAUGCCGGUCAGCGGCUACCAGGGAGUCUCCAUCCAUGGUACCCUGCCUCGCAAGAAGAAGAAUGGCUCUGGUUCGUCUGUGAAGCAGUGGGAGAUGAAUGGAAAUAUGGGGUCAUCAGUAGCACCAUACCCAGGCCGAUAUCGCCUGCCUCCAUCACCGCUCAUACACAACAUUAUCGAAGAACACCAGGCUUUCCAUUCAGACAGAAAGAGCAGCUUCACAUCUAGGGACGGUGCAGGCAUGGACCCUACCAUGGAGUAUGUCAAGUUUUCGAGGGACAAGUACAUCAUGGAUGGACCACCAGAGAAGCUUAGAAGAGAACUAGAAGAAGAACUGAAACUGAGCAGUGAGGAACCAAGGAGCCAUGCCUGGUAUCAUGGAGCCAUCCCUAGACAGGUGGCUGAAAACCUGGUUCAGAGAGAUGGAGACUUUCUGAUCCGAGACUCGCUGUCCAGCCCGGGGAACUACGUUCUGACCUGCCAGUGGAAGAACACCCCUCAACACUUCAAAAUCAACAAACGCGUGGUAGCCAUGAACGAGGCCUACUCACGUGUUCAGUACCUGUUUGAGAAGGAGGGAUUUGACAGCAUCCCCGCGUUAGUGCGAUACUACGUAGGCAACCGUGAGCCGGUCUCUGAGGUUGUGGGAGCGAUUAUCUUUCAGCCAAUCAACAGAGCUCUGCCUCUGAGGUGUCUGGAGGAGAAAUAUGGAGUUGGAUCUAUACGUGUAGAGGCGGGAUACUCCGAGAGAAAGAGCCUGACUUCCAAACGGUUGAGUCUGAAUAUCAUGAACGGACACACCCAGGAUCACACCCUCAGCCGUGGGAAUCUCCUCAGCAACAAAGAUAAGUGUGGAAGUCAACCAGCAUGUCUAAACCACGUUCAGGAGAGGAGACGGCCACUGAAGACCCAUCAGUCGGAGAGCUUUCUCCCUAUCGGCUGUAGGCCUCAGGCUCAGGUUCAGCAUAUGGAGCACCAGCCGUGCCCCAAAUCCCCAGUUUUCCGCACAGGAAGUGAGCCAGCUCUGAGCCCCACAGUGCCACGCAGAAUGGCCUUUGACACCCAGCCUGGUGAGGCUAUUCGUGGAUCCGACAGCCAGCUGUGUCCCAAACCGCCCCCUAAACCCAGCAAGGUUCCCUCUAUGAGAGUAUCCUGCACCCCUGGCCUGAAGACCCUCUCCCCACCGGUCCCUCCAGUAAAGCCCCACAAACAGCGACCUCCAUUCCAGCAACAGCAGCAGUUGGCCAGCCCAUCGAGUCCAGAACGAAGCUACUGUGAACCAUGCAGUCCUGCUGAUUGGGAAAACAUGACUAGCUCACAAGCUAAUGGCUAUGUGGAGAGACUAAAGACUGAGGAGGGGUUAAGGAGAUGUGAUAGUAGCGUAAAACUUGACCGUAGCUCCUAUCAUAAUGCCAUUGAGGCCCUAGACAACGACAGUGAGGAAGACAAGGAGGAGGAUGUGGAUAAAGAACAGGACUGCAAGAAAGGUUUCAAAAGACCUGUGUUUGAAACAGAGUCAGCGUUCAAACCUGGAGACAUCAGCUUCCGGCUUCUACCAGUGGAGAACAAGCCACUAGAGAUGACCGUGCUUAAGAAAGCCAAAGAGCUGCUCGUCAGUCAGGAUCCAAAAACCAUCGCCAAACACAUCCUGCAAGCAGACUGUGAGGUCGCUAGGAUAUUAAAUGUUUCUGAAGAGGUGAAAGGUCAAAUGGGUGUGACCUCUGGGCUGGAGCUGGUGACCCUUCCUCAUGGGCGACAGCUGCGAGAGGACCUCACGGAAAGGCAUAACACUAUGGCGAUUGGAGUUGCUGUGGAUAUCCUGGGGUGUACAGGAAGUCUGGAGGAGAGAGCAGCCACCCUAAACCGGAUCAUUCUGGUAGCUCUGGAGCUGAAAGACUCCAUGGGAGAUCUUUAUGCCUUUUCCUCCAUAAUGAAAGCACUGGACAUGCCUCAGAUUACCCGACUGGAUCAUACGUGGACUAGCUUGCGAAGAAAAUAUACACAGACAGCCAUCAUUUAUGAGAAAUCUUUGAAACCAUUCUACAAAGGACUCUAUGAAGGAAGUGCUGAAAUCCCACUGAGCAAUGCUAGCGUUCCACUGCUAAUGCCGCUGCUCACCUUGAUGGAGAGGCCUGCGGUCACCUUUGAUGGUAUGGACGUCUGGGAGAACAACGAUCAAGGCUGUGAAAUCAUGUUCCGGCACCUGGAAGGAGCUCGUGCUGUUGCACGCAAUGCGGACACAUACACCUGCAAUGCACAACGGAUCCUCCAGGGAUUCCAACCUAAUGAUGACAUGCUAGAGAUCAUGAGGACCGAUUUCCAGUUGCGUCUGCUCUGGGGCAGCAGGGGGGCGGCCGUGGAUCAGACAGAGCGAUACGACAAAUUCAAACUCAUCCUUACAGCCCUGUCCAGAAAACUGGAGCCUCCAAUCAAACACACAGAACUCUGAAAACCCAGACACUUUAUAUACAUACUAAACUCUCUGAACCUCUCUGUGGAGUCAGGUCGAAGGGCAUCAGAAUCUGAAAAAAGGAUGUUCUCUACCAGGAUGUGCACUUCAGUGGAUCACAUGCAGAUUGCAAGUUAAGAGCCACUGAUGAGCAGAAAUGGCACUUGUCUAUGGAGAGCUACUUUGUUCAAUAUGCAUCUGCCAGAGGUGUGCUGUGCUCCACACUUAUGAAAUAAGCAGGUACGGUACCAGUUUUGCCUUCAAGAAAGAAAAGAAGGAAGGGUAAAUAGAAUAAUUCUAAUUUCCAAUAUAUCAUCCACCCUAUCAAAUACAUAUAAUGUUGGUAGGCAGUGAGAACACUUCAUAAGAGGUUUAUGAAUGUGCUCAAUCAUUUGACACAUGAAAUUAUGGAUGAGAGACCACUGAGAUGAUGGACUACACCUUCAAGACAAAUUUGCAGCUCUAUGAAGGAAGACAAGGUUUUAAAGUUUGUACACUUAUAAAUAUUAUGAAGCCCACUGGUCAAAGCAAUGUUGAGGUUUAAAAUCCCACAUGAAAAAAAAAAAAAAAAAACAAGAUGUACAUAAUCAUCACUAGUGUAAGCAUGUGAAGGCUAGUUUGUGUAAUAUAUUGUAUUAAGUAUUAUUGACCUGUAAAUAGUCACCCAUAAAUGAAAUAUUCUGAAAAUAUUGAAUAAAUGUCAAAUUAAUCUGAA